UAUUGGCUGAUUCAUCAGAAUUAGAUAAACUGUUUCUAUUGAUUCUCGAUAGUGGUCAAGCGCAGUCAUGGAGAAACAUGUGCUGGAUAGAGAUGAUGCUGUUAGAGGAACCAAUGAAGAUGCUCUGACAAGCAAACACUCAGCAGUAACAGCUGGAUAUCUUCAAGAUCCAUAUAUCAAGGCAUUUCUUAAACGAGGAUCAAAAAGAGCACCCAUUAUCAACAGGGGAACAUAUGCUCGCACUGCUGGUUUAGAUAUCCUCAUCAAGCAGUUUUUAACCGCUACCAUCCCAUUGCAGGAUGCCACAGGGUCAGAAAUACCUGGAUCUGGCACUCGUCCAAUGGAUAAACAGAUCAUUUCUCUUGGUGCUGGAUCCGAUACUCGAUUUUUUAAUUUCAAGGCUGAUGGAAUCAACCCAAGACGGUAUAUUGAGAUAGACUAUCCACAGAUCACUGCAAAAAAAGCACAUGCAAUUGUCCGAGAUAAAAAUACUAGACUCGUCAUUGGAGAAGAUUCAUAUAAAGUGUUGGGUGGUGGAGUAGAGCUGGUUGCGGACUCGUACUGGCUGAUUCCUGGUGAUUUACGUGAUUUUACAUGUAUUCUACCCAAGCUCGUUUCCAUGGGACUCGAUACAACAUUACCAACAUUGAUACUGUCAGAAUGCGUGCUGAUCUACCUCGAUCCAAUCGUAUCUCACUCAAUUCUGACCACCAUGGCAUCAAGUUUUACUACGGCAGUGGUUGCUACAUAUGAACAGAUUCUUCCCAAUGAUGCUUUUGGAAUAACAAUGCUUAAUAAUCUCAAGACCCGAAAUAUCACUCUACCCGGAAUACAUGAUUGCCAGACUCUGGAGCAUCAGAUAUCUCGCUACAUUGAAUGUGGAUGGACAACCUCACGGGCAAUCAAUCUCAAUACUGUUUGGGACAAGUGUAUUUCUGACUCGGAAAAGCUUCGUGUAUCCAAAUUAGAAAUUUUUGAUGAGAUUGAGGAAUGGCAACUCCUUUCGAUGCACUACUGUAUAUCGUGGGCAGUCAAACUUGGACACGCUAAUGACGACAUGGCGCAAACAUACGUUGACAAAUUGUGGUUUAAAUAUGAACAUUAACGUUGAUGGCGACUUGCAGUUUGGUGGAAAUACAAAUAAAUGUUGGUUUCACUGGAA